GCGCGUGUGCCGGGGGUGGAGGUGUAUGUGGGGGUUCGCGCUCACUUACUUCUUGACUACUGCAAAGCCUCGUCGGGUUCGUCACCUGGUCGCGCGCUCUAGCCCUUGUACGACACGGGGUCCCAGGACUCCAGAAGGCCAGCGACGCGUGCCCCCAGGAAAUCCUGCAGCAGUUCCCUGCCUGAGACCAGCGGAGGUGAGACCGUUUGCUUCCCACCGCACCCGGUUCCUCGCGGGCACUUUUUCUGUAGCGCUCCGAAACUCCUAGCAGGCGCCCGAGGGCUGGAUGCGAGCUUGAUGGACGGCUGCGCGCUGCCCCGACUCAUGCCCGCCUCGCCUGGAGUCGCUGGAACCUGCGCUGCUCGGCGGAGACCCUCAUCCCCGGAACUGCUGCGCUGCAGCCGCCGGCGGCGAUCUGGCGCAACCGAGGCUGGGGGCGGCUCGGCGGCCGUGGCACGCCGCAACGAGCGCGAACGCAACCGCGUGAAGCUGGUAAACUUGGGCUUCCAGGCGCUGCGGCAGCACGUGCCGCACGGCGGCGCCAGCAAGAAGCUGAGUAAGGUGGAGACGCUGCGCUCAGCCGUAGAAUACAUUCGUGCGCUGCAGCGGCUGCUUGCAGAGCACGACGCGGUGCGCGCCGCGCUUGCGGGAGGGCUGUUAACACCGGCCACUCGACCCUCGGCCGCUCGCGCGCCUCCUUCUGCCUCCCCUGCCAGUGCGUCGCUGUCCUGCGCGUCUUCAUCCCCCGACCGCCGGGGCAGCUCGGAGCCUGGCUCCCCGCGCUCCGCCUACUCGUCGGAGGACAGUGGCUGCGAGGGAGAACUGAGUCCCGUGGAGCGCGAGCUGCUUGACUUUUCCAGCUGGUUAGGGGGCUACUGAGCACCCAACCCCUCAAAGCCGCAUCUCUGAUUGUCUCCUGGUGGACAGAUCCGCGUUACUUGCCCACGAAGCCUGGCGCGAUGCCUUGCCCAUGCUGUAUAGUGCAGCUUGACCAAAAGCCAAGAGCUGACCUCUGCUCGGCCUCCACCCCUCGGAAUGACACCUUCCAUCUCCCAGUCUGUGUAGCACUAGGACUUGGCGAUUUCUCAGGAGAGAGGAUUUUACAAUGACAAUCUAUUUUUUACAAAUUAACUUGAACUGCUGGAGGGACUCUACCGAAAAUAUGAAGACUUAUUUUUGUACAAAGGACCCUUAGGCUUGGAGCACAAUAAAGAUUGACUCUACCCCUCACCCCCACUGUCUAGAACUUUCCAACCUGGCCAAAGUUUGGACCAGUCAGGUCCGGAGGGCAAGAUGCCUGACUGCACUUUUCCUCUUCUGAAGCCCAGCCUGGCGCUGAUGUUUGGCCAGCGUGGGAAAGUGUACCCGCUCUUGUAAAGUGUACUAUUCUAUAAAGUUGUUUUUUGUUGGUGUU